UAUAUGAAAAAUAGAAAAUCCAACAAUUAGACAGGUCAAUAACCGGUCCCGGGCGAGAAUCCCCAAACUUUAUUCCAGUUAAGCCUCACUUCCAAAAUUCGCACGCAUCCAUCGUCUUUCGGCAGCCAAUCUGACCUCUGGAGAAAGCGAAAUGGUUUGCCUAGCUUGUUUGUUGCCGCUGUUUCUCGUCCCAAUUGUCAAUUUAUUGCCUCUCCUCUUCGAUAUCAUUAUGGCAAAGGUGUAUAGGUUGUUUGGAUGGGAAUAUCAGAAGCCGGAGAGAGCACCCCCUGCUUGUCCUAUCAAACCCUCCGCCUCUAAAACCGGCACCAUCAGUUCUGUUACAGAUAAAGACAACCUUGCUGCGCCAGAUCAAUCACGAAAGUCAGUAGGAGUGGAUGAUAGCAAGCAGGAUUGAAACCAGCUGUUUCUGUUUCUACAUCAUAGUCAGAUCUCAUAAACCUCUGUUUGGACUAGUGAAGAACUGAACUGGUAGAUGUAGAAGAUAGAGGGAUGGAUUAUAGUCCGAUUGCUUUAUGAUGAAGUCAUAAAUCCUUCUGUGACAAGAAAAUAUGUUUCCUUACUAUUAUAGUUCUGUGAAAUUUCGUAUCCGCAAUUCAUAUGAAAGCUCCUUCACUCGGAACAAUUAAA